ACAGGGACUGGUCACGGGGUUAGCUUUGCCGUCAAAGCGUCUUUUUUGCAUCCGUAAAUUGCAGACUUUGAGCUCAAUUAAUAAUUUAAUUUAAACAUUUCUUUCCAGUGGGAGAGCAUGAGCGCUUGGGCGGCGCAGAGGUGCAGACAGAUGGAUGAACCCUUUCAUCGGCCCGAAAGAGGAGAUCCCUGGCGGGCCAAGAGAACGCUCGAUUUGUACUCUGGGAGACGGCAUCCACGUUGGUGGAGAUCGGCAGCUUGGUAGAGUGAAGGUGGUUCAAUGAGUGGAAUCGACGGGAAUCGCUCAGUGGUUUCCGUCGCCAAUUCAAUGACUGGAAUCGUCAUCUAGCACGGAGGUCGUCUGAUAUGCGAUGGAGCUUCAAUCUUCCGUGUGUUAGGCAACAAAGCAUAGCGGAGCGCGAGGGGCAACAAACUGUGCAGUGGGAUUUCCCUGGCAGCAAGGAACGACAACCAUGGAUAGGCAACUAUAUUGGGAGGAGAUGGUUGGCAGAAAGCGUGCAGAUUCAGAACUCACGACCCAAGUGCUGGAAGCCUUUUCUUCAACUAGGCAAAUUGGGUCUUCUAACGGGCAGAAGGCUCGCUCCUUCACUUCAGAAUCGUGGAACACUAAAAAAUCAAUUUGAUUUCAACAUUCCUUUCCCCAGCCCUGUGAGCCCCCUCCCUCUUCUUCUUUUUCCGUUCAAGAAAAUCCGGCACUAAGCUAUGGCUGUGAACUUUGACCCAUCGAAGUUGCAGCAAGAAAAAGAGAAACUCCAAAAUUCAAGACUAUAUUUAUAAUUCAAAUUAUAGUUAAAUCGGCUUGUUAAACAAUAUCUUGAAAUUAUAGACCAAUUAGCUUUGGUAUCAGAGACACAAUAUCCCUAACUUCCGAUAGUCUUGAAUUUCAUGGAUUGUGUAUAGACUUACCGACUAUAUUUAUAAUUCAAGAUGCACUAGUGUAUAUGAAAUAAUGUAUGAAUUUAUU